AUGGUAGAAAAGGGGCUGCAGAAUCUCAGCUAUGUUGUGGUGCUCUGUGCAGCUGGCGACAGGGGCUUUGACCCUCUGAGGCUGGCAACCAUCAAGCCGUCUGCUGUUGCUAACCCAGAAGACGGCCUGCCCUGGCUUCUUGAAGGAGAGCUGUACAACGGUCGCGUGGCGAUGCUGGCAGUUGUGGGCAUUUUGGCGGUGGAGUUCCUGGGAAAAGGGCCCUGGUGGAAGGCUCCCUUUGCGGUGGACUAUGCUCCGGGCAUUCCGGCCACGCGCGAUGUGAUUCCCCACGUGUGGCAGUGCAACUUUGGCUUCUGCCCCGACCAGGCUUACAGUGGCGCGCAGAACUACAUCAAUUCAGGGUUCUCUCUGGCGCCGGGGGUGGACAAGUACUGGGCGGUGGUGUUUGUGGCGCACGCAAUCUACGGGGCAUUUGAGUGGACGCGGUACCGUAACUUCCUGCGCCAGGGCGAGACUGGACUGGUGGUUGCGCCGUUUGACCCUCUCAAUCUACGCAACGACUACCGUCGCCAGAGCGAGGUGCGCAAUGCUCGGCUGGCGAUGUUGGCCAACCUGGGGUUCUGGAGCCAGGCGGCAGUCACCGGCAAGGGACCCCUACAGAACCUCAGCGAUCACCUUGCAGACCCCGUCAAUAACAACAUUCUGGCGACGGGCGCGGGUCAGAAGGUGGCGGCAUGGCUGGUGGGAAUUGUGGUUCUGCUGGGUGCGGUGGAGGUUGCGCGCAGCCGCUCCGACAAGGACACAGGAACGCCCCAGGAGGCCGCUCCCUUCUGCUGGUCGAAGCAGUGGUACGCGGUUUCACUCUUGGAGGCGUUGGAACUCAAGAAGCCGCACCCAAUCAAGCUUCUUGGCAAAGAGUUGGUGCUCUGGAGGGACACCAGCGGCACAUGGCAGUGCUUUGAGGACCGCUGCUCACACCGCCAGGCUCCUCUGUCAGAGGGGCGCGUGCUGGGGGACACUCUGAUGUGCAGCUACCACGGCUGGCAGUUUGCACAGGGCGGCAGGUGCGUAAAUGUUCCUCAGGCGGAGGGAACGCGCGGCAACGAGCGCGCCUGUGCCAGCCCGCGCAGCUGCGUUGCCUCCUUCCCCACCACGGUGAAGCAGGGCAUCGUGUGGGUGUGGGCGGAGCCAGGGCCUCUGGCAGCCAUCGAGGCAGCAGCGAAGGGGCCCACGCUCAUUCCCUGGAUAUCAGAAGAUGAUGUCACGCGCACACCAGAGGGCGUUCCUGUGAUCACAGUGGUGCCAGGGAUGCAGCGGGACCUUCCCAUCAGCUACGAGCACCAGAUGGAAAAUCUGGCUGAUCCCGCGCACUUCAACUUUGCCCAUCAUGGAGUAGCUGGCGACAUGCUGCAUGAGUCAGCGGGCACCGCGCAUGUUGAGGCGGUCACAAGUGACGAGGAAACUGCUCCAGCUGUGUUUGAUGGCGCGGAGGGGUUAGCCUACUGGGUGGACAUGCUCAUGGGGGUUGGGAGGAGUGUGGAGCACAAUCUGCACCACAUUGUGUUUCCAGGCCUUUUCACGCUGAAGACUUUCACACCAAAGGACUUCCCGGGUGUAGAUUGGGAACUUUUGGAGAUCCACGCUGUUCCAACAGAGCCGGGCCAUGUUCGACUGCUGGUGCGGGUCUUCCUGGCAGGCCACAAUCUGCCACUGAUGCCUCGGCUGGUCUCUAAGUAUAUACCCACGUGGCUGUCCCACAUAAGGGGCCUGGAGAUCACCGAUGGCGACACUGUAAUUCUCAGCGAACAGGACCGGAUUACUCGCAGCGAGACAGAGAGGAGCGGGCAGGAGUGGAGCAAGCAGUACUACAUGCCCACAUCUUCUGACAGGCUUGUGGUGGCGACGCGCAAGUGGCUGGACAGCCGCGGAGGCGGCGGCCCCUUCCCAAGCGCGCGGCCGCUGCCGGCGAUGACUAAUGAGCAGAUGACUGACCGGUACAGUCAGCACACAAGCGAUUGCCCCUCCUGCUCCGCGGCUCUGCGCAACUUCCGGGCGCUGCGCGUAAUGGCGGGGGGUCUCAGCGUUGCCUUCUUAGGCGCGGCGAUUACUAACGCUAGCAUAACGGCCGGCCGCAGCCUCGCCCCUGUGUGGCUCGCAGCUGCGGCUGCUGUGCUGGGUGCAGUGGCCGCUGCAGCACACAACUAUGCCCAGAGGCUUGUGUUAGCGCGCUAUCACCACUACGAGCAUAAUUGA